UAUACUACUACACAAUUUCGGGCGCACAGUCCGCUCUGAUCGUUGAUUGGUCGACAAGGAUCACGUGUGCCAUGGAUACGCGUUUCCUUCGACGAAAUGCUGUAGUGACGAAAACAAGCGUAACCUAAACAAACGCUAUUUGGAUUGUGAUAUUAUUUUGGACUAGGCGCUGUCAGCUGUGGCCUUACACUGGACUUAACAUAUCCAGAAUGGGAGGAUUUGAUGGGGUAUUAUUUUUUAUUUUUGCGUGGUUGGAAACUUGCGCACUCGCGCGAAGACACGUAAAUUAAUGUCAAUAUAGCUAUUAGCGCAGUAUACACCGGUGUUCUAAUUAGCUGAACAAAGUUGAUAAUUGGCCGUUUGGUCUUUUCUAUUUAUCCGACUUGCUCGGUGUAGACACUCGGGUUAACGCUCUGGUUGGACUUCACAUAGCGGUGGCUUCAUUUGCAUUGCUCUUGCUCUUGCACUGCACUUACUGAGUCGACUCGCAGACUGUAUACUGAACUGAACUGGCUUUGGAAACGACGUUAACUAGCUGAUUAGCGUGUGUUCUCUGUAGCUCCGCGUGUUUACUGCGUUUCACAUGUCCUCCAUAACAAAAGUAAGAUGCUAAUCAGCAGAACUGCGCGUUUUCUUUGGGUUUUCGGCGUUGAGUAGCGGUCCAACCAAAGCAGGUACAAGGUGGCUAAUGAAUGAAAGCUGGGAGAACUCGAGGGGCAUAAAGUCUGUCCUUUUCGCGCCUGUGAGGCCAUGUCAUUUCCAGCAGCAUGCAUGUUAAUGGCAGCAGCGGCGAUGGCGAAGCCCCCAUGCCCAGCCCCUCAUGCCGCCUCCUGCCCGCCAUCGCUCUGGGUAUCGCGGCGGCCGCUAUGCUCUUUCAGUCCGGAUACGGAGGACUCACUGUAACCGCGUUUUUCCUCAAGCUCUUCAUUUACGUCUCUUUCGCCCUGUUCUGCUUCCUCGUGGGCAGUUUGGGCUCGGUUGCCAAGAAGAGUCCACCCAAGAUAAUCCCAUUUGAUCCCUCCAAGAGGCAGUCGCACAAGCUGCAGGAUUUAUUCAACAGAUUAAUGGGGCAGUUUUCAGUACCACUUCUAGACUCUGCGCAGACCAGACGAGUAGUGGUGUCACACAAUGUGGACAAAGCCCUAAAAGAGGUGUUUGACUACAGCUAUAGAGAUUACAUCUUGUCAUGGUAUGUGCCUCUGAGUCGAGAUGAGGGCCAGCUGUAUCAGAUGCUGGCUGAAGAUUUCUGGGAAAUGACCAAACAGCUAAGGACCCGCCUUUCCGAGGUGGACGUGGUUAAUGUAGUUUGUAACAACAUGGUUAAGAGCCUCCAUGCCCAUUUCUGUGACCUCAAGGCCUCCAACACCAGGCAGGAAGAGUUACCCAGGGCCUUCCCGCUUCAUCCGUGUCUCUGCAGUCCCAAGGAGGAGAUGCGUUUCCUGCGCUGCUGUUCACGCCUAUUAGUUCUUUGCUUGCUGCCUUCGCGUGAUGCUCGCUCCCGCAGUCUCCGGUUCCUCCUGGUCGAGGUUAUCGCCACUAAAGUGUUAAAGCCAUUGGUGGAGGUGCUAAGCGAUCCAGACUACAUUAACCAAAUGCUGUUGGCUCAGUUGGAACAUCGGGAGCAAAUGAACGAGCACCAUAAGAAAGCGUACACGUAUGCACCGUCCUAUGAAGAGUUUAUCAAACUCAUCAGUAGCAGCUCCGAUAUUGAUUUCCUCAAACAGCUCAGGUAUCAGAUAGUUGUGGAGAUUAUUCAGGCCACCACUAUCAGCAGCAUCCCCCAGCUCAAGAAACAAAAAGAUAGUAAAGGGAAGGAGACGGCUGCUAUGAAGGCGGACUUGCUACGAGCUCGGAAUAUGAAGCGCUAUAUUAACCAGCUCACAGUGGCUAAGAAGCAGUGUGAGAAGAGGAUCCGGUUGCUGGGGGGUCCCAACUAUGAGCAGCAGGAAGAUGGGAACCAAGACGAGGGAGACGGGCCACAGGGCCAGAAGAUUCUUCAGUUUGAGGAGAUCAUGUCUAACGCUGUGUUCAGGGAGCAUUUCCGUGUGUAUAUGGAGCGUGUGGAUAAGAGAGCCCUCGUCAGUUUUUGGGAGCUGGUAGAGAUACUCAAAAGUGCUAACAAGAGUGAGGUACCACAGCUGGUAGGCGAAAUCUACCAGAACUUCUUUGUAGAGAGUCGGGAGAUCCCAGUGGAGAAAGCUCUGUAUAAGGAGAUCCAGCAGACUCUGGUGGGCAACAAAGGCACGGAUGUCUUUCACAAGAUCCAGAGUGACGUCUACGAGACAAUGAAGGAGCGAUAUUACCCCUCAUUCCUUGUGAGCGACCUGUAUGAGCGUCUUAUCAAGCGGGAGGAGCAAAGAAGCAGCUCCCAGUCCAGCAGUGAGGAAAAAGAUGAUGGCUGUCAGACCAUGGAGGGGGGAGAGGUGACUCUGGACGAGGGCACUAAAGGUAUUAACGAGCAGGCCAGUUAUGCUGCUAACAAACUCCGGCAACUCUGCGAAGGUCUGGACUACAAGCGUCAAGCACUGGGCUCCAUACAGAAUGCACCCAGACCUGACAAAAAGAUUGUGUCGCUCCUGAAAGAGGAGAUUGGGGUGAUGGAGAAGGAGCACAGCGACCUGCAGCUGCAUAUCUCGCGUACAGAUUGGUGGUGUGAGAAUCUCGGUGCAUGGAGAGCUGUGAUUAAUACAGCUGAGGCUUGUGAGGAGAAUGGCGAGCAAAUGGCGUGUUAUUCAGUAGCAGUGAGUCUGUUGGAAGGAGAGGACUCGGAGAACAGCAACUGGUGCGUCACAAGGAAGCUGAGCGAGUUUCAGGCCCUGUACAGGAAGCUGACCGAGUGUUUUCCCUCUUUGAAGAAGGUCCAGCUGCCGUCACUCAGUAAACUGCCGUUCAAGUCCAUUGACCAAAAAUUUCUUGAGAAGUCCAAAAACCAACUGAACACAUUUUUGCAGAAAAUGCUGACAGAUGAGCGUAUGUGCCAGAGUGAAGCUCUGUACGCAUUCCUCAGCCCAUCACCAGAGUACCUUAAGGUCAUCGACGUCCAAAAAAAAUCCACUUUCUCCCUCGCCUCAUUUCUGGAGAGACUGCCAGGAGACCUUUUCUCCCAUCAAGAGGAUGAGGUUGAGGAUGACAGCGAUCUCUCCGACUACGGCGAUGAGGUGGACGGGAAGAAAGAUGUUCUUGCUGAGCCCUUCUUUAUGCUCGUUGGAGAGGUGUUUGAACUCAGGGGCAUGUUCAAGUGGGUACGGAAGACACUAAUUGCACUAGUUCAAGUCACUUUCGGAAGGACGAUAAACAAGCAGAUCAGAGACACAGUUAACUGGAUCUUCAGCGAGCAGAUGAUGGUUUACUACAUUAAUAUAUUCCGAGACACGUUCUGGCCCAACGGGAAACUGGCACCACAGGAGAAAACUCGCUCAGAUGCAGCGCGCCGCAAGACCAAGGAGAGAGCACAGCAGAAACUGCUGGACAACAUUCCAGAUGCACUACAGAAUCUAGUGGGGCAGCAGAACGCUCGCUACGGGAUCAUUAAGAUUUUCAAUGCACUUCAGGAAUCCAGUGCCAACAAGCAUCUUCUUUACAUCCUGCUGGAGAUGCUCCUCAAAGAACUCUGCCCUGAGCUGAGCGACGAGCUGGAACACGUCUGAGCUCGUACACAGUCGCCUGCCGAGAGAAGGAUUCACCUCGACUUCACUUAUUUUCUGUUACUUAAACAUGCUGAAAGGAAGUUUACUUUAAGAAUCACAGAGAAAAUGCUUGACUUGGUGGCGUCGUACUACAGGACUUGACGGACAUCAUUGUUUUCUCCAUUCUUCUUCUGUUUUUCUUUCCCUUGCUGGUUUCUAACACACCAGAUCUAAUGCCGACCAACCAAGUUUGUUUGUUUCUGUUCUUUCUUUCUUUUUUUUUUGAUUGUCUGUGGGAUUUUGUUAGACCGUAAGGUCAUAAAAUGUGAAUAGUUAAUGGAAUGAGUGUUGUUCUUGCUUAAAAAGAGAAAAUGAAAACCUGGACCUCUUGAAUCUCUCUACCUACAUUACAGUACAUGUUGUGGUCAUUAUGAAGGCUUUUAAUUGUGCAAUGUACCAUGUAAUGUUAUUGUGCUAGUUUCAUUUGUGAUAUGAUUAUUAGAUUUUAUUUUUACCAAUAAUAGAUUAGAGCAUUUAUAAGCAAUAAAUUGCAAAAGAAUA